CGCGCCACACGCCCCGCGGGGGCAGGGCUGCACACUGCCGGGGGCUUCCCCUGCGCCGUGCCCGCACCAACCGCCCCGGGGUUGGGGCCGGGAGGCGAUUGUGGGAAGGGAUCUGAGGUAUCUGCGACGCAGCGAUGGCAGCAGAAUCUCCCCGUCGUCCUAGCCGAUGUACCGGGGGAGUCGUGGUUCGCCCGCAGGCUGUCACAGAACAGUCAUAUAUGGAAAGUGUUGUUACAUUUCUUCAAGAUGUUGUACCGCAGGCCUACAGCAGUACUCCACCAACAGAAGAAAAAGAAAAAAUAGUCUGGGUCAGAUUUGAAAAUGCAGACAUAAAUGAUACGUCAAGGAAUAUGGAGCUUCAUGAAAUACACAGUACUGGAAAUGAACCCCCUUUGCUGCUAAUGAUUGGAUACAGUGAUGGAAUGCAGAUAUGGAGCAUACCUAUCAGCGGUGAAGCACAAGAGCUCUUUUCUGUCCGUCAUGGUCCGGUUCGAGCUGCACGAAUUCUGCCAGCCCCGCAAAUCAGUACUCAAAAAUGUGAUAACUUUUCUGAGAAGAGACCCCUUCUUGGUAUGUGUAAAAGCAUUGGAUCUUCUGGCACAAGUCCUCCUUAUUGCUGUGUGGACCUUUACUCUUUGCGAACGGGAGAGAUGGUCAAAUCCAUACAGUUCAAAACUCCUAUUUAUGAUCUGCAUUGUAACAAAAGGAUACUUGUCGUAGUCUUGCAAGAGAAAAUUGCUGCUUUCGACAGCUGUACGUUCACAAAAAAAUUCUUCGUCACGAGCUGCUAUCCUUGUCCAGGGCCAAAUAUGAAUCCCAUUGCUCUUGGAAGCCGUUGGCUUGCUUAUGCAGAAAAUAAGCUGAUCCGAUGCCAUCAGUCCCGUGGUGGAGCCUGUGGAGACAACAUUCAGUCUUACACUGCCACAGUCAUUAGUGCUGCCAAAACGAUAAAGACUGGACUUACAAUGGUUGGGAAAGUAGUUACACAGCUGACAGGGACACUGCCAUCAGGAGCAACUGAAGAAGAAAUUUUAGCUCAUAGCAAUACUCGUCGAAGUCCUCUGGUGCCUGGAAUCAUCACUGUUAUUGAUACUGAGACUGUUGGAGAAGGGCAGGUGCUUGUUAGUGAGGACUCUGAUAGCGAUGGUAUAGUGGCCCACUUCCCGGCACAUGAAAAGCCCAUUUGCUGUAUGGCUUUUAACCCCAGUGGGAUGCUGUUGGUCACUACUGACACAUUAGGCCACGAUUUCCAUGUUUUCCAAGUACUGACACAUCCUUGGUCAUCAUCACAAAGUGCUGUACAUCAUUUAUAUACACUUCACAGGGGAGAGACUGAAGCCAAAGUACAAGAUAUAUCUUUUAGCCAUGACUGUCGCUGGGUAGUGGUCAGCACUCUUCGUGGCACUUCCCAUGUUUUCCCUAUCAAUCCGUAUGGAGGACAGCCUUGCGUUCGGACGCACAUGUCGCCCCGGGUGGUAAACCGCAUGAGCCGCUUCCAAAAGAGCGCAGGGUUGGAGGAAAUUGAGCAGGAGCUGACGUCUAAACAAGGAGGUCGCUGUAGUCCUGUCCCAGGCCUGUCAAGCAGCCCAUCUGGAUCGCCUCUCCAUGGUAAACUGAACAGCCAGGACACGUACAAUAAUUUCACAAACAAUAACCCUGGGAAUCCACGCCUUCUGCCGCUCCCGAGUUUGACUGUGGUGGUACCUCUUGCUCAAAUCAAACAACCAAUGACCUUGGGGACCAUCACUAAACGCACAGGACCUUACCUGUUUGGAGCAGGAUGUUUUUCUAUAAAAGCUCCAUGCAAAGCCAAACCAGCUCCACAGAUUUCGCCUAGUAAAUCCAUGGGAGGAGAGUUCUGUGUUGCUGCCGUCUUUGGAUCGUCGAGAUCCUGGUUUGCAAAUAAUCCAGGGAUAAAAAGAGAAAAAGAUCAAUCAAAGCAAUUUGUAGUAGAAUCACUGUAUAUUAUCAGCUGUUACGGGACCCUGGUGGAGCAUGUCUUGGAACCACGUCCGCUCAGCACUGCUCCAAAGAUCAGCGAUGAUACUCCUUUGGAAAUGAUGACUUGCCCAAGAGCCAGCUGGACACUGGUUAGAACUCCUCAGUGGAAUGAACUGCAACCACCAUUUAAUGCAAACCACCCAUUGCUCCUAGCUGCAGAUGCAGUACAGUACUAUCAGUAUCUGCUCGCUGGCUUGGUCCCACCUGGGAGUCCUGGACCUAUUACUCGUCAUGAGUCAUACGACAGUUUAGCAUCUGACCACAGUGGUCAGGAGGACGAAGAGUGGCUUUCCCAGGUUGAGAUAGUGACUCACACUGGACCUCACCGCCGCCUGUGGAUGGGCCCCCAGUUCCAGUUCAAAACAAUUCAUCCAUCAGGCCAAACGACAGUAAUUUCCUCCAGUUCGUCUGUGCUGCAGUCACAUGGGCCAAGUGACACACCACAGCCUCUUCUGGACUUCGACACGGAUGAUCUUGAUCUCAACAGUCUCAGGAUUCAGCCAGUUCGCUCUGAACCUGUUAGCAUGCCAGGGUCAUCACGUCCAAUGUCAGAUCGGAGAGGAGUCUCAACGGUGAUUGAUGCUACCUCAGGUGCCUUUGAUCGGAGCGUGACCCUGCUGGAAGUCUGCGGGAGCUGGCCGGAGAGCUUCGGUCUCCGUCACAUGUCUUCCAUCGAGCACACCGAGGAGGGUCUUCGAGAGCGUCUGGCUGAUGCCAUGUCCGAGUCGCCCAGCAGGGACAUAGUGGGAUCAGGAACAGACACAGCCGUUGAAGUAGCAGUAAAAAACAUCUCCACAAAGAGGCACAUGGCUUUGAAAUGUUUUGAGCUGCAGCGAGAGGGAAGCAUAGAGACGCUAAGUAACAGCUCGGGCUCCACCAGCGGAAGCAUUCCACGCAAUUUUGAUGGUUACAGAUCGCCUCUCCCGACUAACGAAAACCAGCCCCUAAGCCUUUUCCCNNCAGGAUUCCCUUAAAUUAGUCAAACAUACGAGGAGAGAUUCAGCCGGGGUAACAAUCUCGAUGUGCAUUUUCACCCACCGGUUAGCUGCAGCGCUGGAUGGUUCUCAUUACCCUAAUAAAUAUUGACGACUCCUCUGCUUAAAAAAAAAAAAUUUUAAAUCUUCCUGCAGCGUAUUCUCCAAAAUACUGAAUUUGUUUUCCUGUGCAAUACUGAUAAGGAGAGACUCUUUCUUCAGUCCUAACAGCUUCGUGGCUUCUUUUUUUUGUGUUUGGAGAGAGACUGUUUAGAGGAGAACUAUUUUUUAAACCCGUUUUUUUGAUGAAGCGUAUGAUUUUACAGUCAUUACCUGCUUCUUCAUGUUAAAUGGGGCGGGGGGGGAAGAAAAAAAGGGAAUCCGCCUAACUUUAGUGGCGCAUGGGCCAUUCAGCCAGCGAACUGCAGCUGUUUGCAAAAGUGCUGAGCAUAAAAGCAAAAACUGGAGGGAGCGAAAACUCAAGGACUGUCUAGGAGAUGGACAGUGGCUAAGGUUGAUUACAUUAUUACUUCAUUUCUGCAUCUUCUUGCUGUCCUCAUUCCCCACUGAUACUAAUUGAUGCCAGGAGUAUUACAAAUGGGAAAGUUUCUUGUUUUGUUCUUGGGAAGAGUUAUCUUUAUUGCUCCGGUUCUAUUCUAGUCCUGUAUUUUAGAAAUGUACUUAAUGGGCUAACUCAAGUCGCGAAUUGCUCUUCUUUGGUUAUAAAAAGUGAUCACUGGAACUCUGCUAUCUGUCCAAAAUUGCAUGUGUCAUUGAAUAAACCUAAGUUAAACAAAAAAUGUGCUUUGGUGGUACCAGGCUGUGCACGCGCUCCGUCUGUUGACCUGCACCAGCUAGUACGCGAGUAUUUCCCACCUAGACCCGAAUCCCUAAUUCGCUGUCACUUGUGUCAGAACAGAAGUUUCUUUGUCUUGCUGCCAGGUGCCUAAACUAGCGGAUGCCAGUCUCUCUGGAAGUCAAGCCAGUUGCCGCAUUACUUAACAUUUGUGCGACCGCUUUGACCACAGCUCUUUGCAAGCUGAGUUUUCAGAAGCUGCUUUUCAAGAAACAGUCUCCAUAGCCAUACGAUACGCGGUACAUGACAUCUGUACAAGUUAGGCGUGCCCCUUUUGCACUUGGUGAGGCCAGAGAUUGAGGGCUCAGGAAAUUGUGUACGAGGAAACGUGUCUUUCCCAGGUCACAGUUCCCGCAUGGGGAAAGAUCUGGUGACUGGAGAGGUACAAGGUAGAUGGCACCUCCUGAUCUCCUUGGCCUGGCGUGGACGAGCCUUUGACCCAUUUAAGAGGCUGCUUCUGGUUUGCAUGAAGCCCAGGUCUGUCCUAAGCCACCUCUGCUGGGAGGGGAUGGCAGGGACUACCUCUUGCAGGCAGCAUUAACUCCUGCUGGUUUUUUCACAGGUUCAGAAAGUGAAUGUGCAGACCUGUCCUAGUCCCUUGGCCCAAGACACCUUCACAGGGCACUAACAGGAGAGGUGCAUCUAGAGGAGACUUCCCCAAAGAAACCGAGGCCAUUCAUGGACUCUGCCCUACUGAGUUUGACUGGCUUCAGCACCUCCCCGCCAGGACAGGAGCAGCCCUACUUGUCUUUAACUCCGGUCUUUGCUUCGUGGGUAGAGGUAUGUAUCUCAGACUCCCGCACUCCCAAGGCCCAGCCUUAACCAUGGCAUAUUGAUAGAGCGGCUCCUAGCAGCUUGUUCGGAUGUGCUCCCAUGUCACACACCAGUGUAAAAUAGGAACACUUGGGCCAGAUCCUAAGCGGGGUAUAAACUGGCAGAGACCCUAGCGCUAUGCCAUUUAUAUGGUUGGGGAUUUGUCCCAAUGGCUCCCGUGGAGUUGCACACACUGAGGAUCUGGGGCCCUGCCUUUCACCUGUUGCCUUUAACAUACGUUGCAUUAAUGGGAACUUGGACAAAAAGACAGGACCUCCUACACCAUGCACGCUGUGUUCAGCAGCAAAUGUGUUGAAAAACUAAUUGCGGCUUGCGCAACGCGGCCGCAUAAACCCGAACAUCUCAGCCGACUUCUGGAAGAAGGAGAAACCCAGGAGGGACUCUCAGGUUCUGACAUUUCCUUCCUACUGCUUUUUUCACAUAAUUCAUUCGAGUUGUGGAAACGAAAGGAAAUCAUUGAAACCCACAAAUCUUGUUGCACUCCCAUAGCUUUACAAACAGCCGCCUCGAAUGACGAGAAACGGACCGUCUUGACUCCCACAGCCUGUCCCCGCGCACCAAAAUCAAAUCCA